CAAAAUCAUGAAUUUGCUUAGUAAUCAGAUAUACCCAACUCACGACUGUACGGUCUUCAUGAAGAACACGGCCGAAGCCCUCCAGAAGACGCGAAUAGCGACCACAGACGGUUGGAAGAGUACGGUCAUUGACGCCCUUGCCGACCAAGCGUCCAAGAUCCGACUCGAUAAAGCGCGGGGGACAAGUUGCGCAAGACUUCCAUCAACGAGCUUGCUUCGGGUGCAGAAGAUCGCGAAUCCGAACAUCUCGAGAUCAACUCGAGCAGACUGUAAAGUUGCUUGCAAAUAUGUUGUCAAGAAGCGGACUAUUCCAAGCAGGAUGUUUGCUGAGGGCGACUUCCUCGCGGACAAGCGCCUGCCUUCCUGAUGCCUGGCCCAAGCAUGCAGCCCACAAGCGCGCACAAUCAACCACUUCCUCCCCGCCAUUCCACGACGAUGUGCACGCUAAUGGCAUUUUCUACCACGCGCUGAGCUCCUUGGGCGAUCGGUAUGCACUGAGCUACUCCUCCAAGGUGCCGAGCUCAGCCGAACAACCCUCUGUACUGGGCAUCCUCUCCCUCCCAUCCUCGGCACAAAUCACAGCCCAAGAUGGAUCGCGCUUGGCUCCUUCCCAACUAGCUCAAUCACAUGCCGAAGACUUUGUCACCAAUCCUAAUUUUCACAUCUUUUUGCAUAGGGUCCUCAAGCUCGCCGCACUGGACGACGGCAUGAUUCAAUACGAAGCGUUUUUGCGCAAGAGCGGCUUUGCGCACGUGGCAGAUCAAAGAGAACAGCUAAUGCCAGGUCGCAUUCCGUACCCCGAGAACAUUCUCGCUUCCAUAGGUUUCGACAAUCAAGAGUUGGUUGGGGAGACGUACUCGCCCAACGAGGUGCACAGGAUCAUCACGAAGGAGUUGGGCGUCAUGGUUCUCAGACCUGCGUGGCACGCCAGAUUGAUGGAGGAGCUGGACAAAGCUUGAGCCAGCGCAUUGCGCGAGCACGAUGCAAGCGUGUGCGCCACCUCAACAAGAAGCCGUGGGCUUGUCAAAGCGUUGCCCGACGGGCCGCUCCAGCAACCAAAUGUAGUGCUUACGUGUUGUAAAUGGUGCAAACGUCGCCACUACUCCGACUCAAACGCCAGUGGGCCUAUCGAGGGUGCAAGUCUUAUGUAGUGCCUUUAGAAAGAGCGGGCGCGACCUUGAGAGCGUACGGCCUCACUCAGAUCUCAGGCGAACGAGCAAAC